UUUACAUUUUACAAACUGUCAAAGAUUUAAGAUUCUCAUGAUCGUACUUCGUAGUCGUUAGCAAUACUUAAUUUAUCUAAUUUUUGAAAAUGGUUGCAUAGAAUUAAAAUAUGUUUUGAAGUCUAGCAUUGUAGUGUAAUUCUUGCAUCUUGUUUAAAAAUCGAAGAUGUUGAGUGUUAUACGGAAAUCACCAACUCUCAUAGCUAACCUUCAAAACAAACUAAUAUUUCCCGACAAGUUCAAAGGCACUGUAUUAGAAAAAUGGGCAAAUUAUUGGAAGAAUCUUGUCAUAGAUUAUAAACAGAUGUUACAAGAUUUAAGAACUGAUAUUCAAGAUGAACCUAGAAAAGCAUUAAAAUGGUGUAGUGGUAUUGCUGCAGCUUAUGCAUUAGCUAAAAAUAAUCCAUCCGAAAUUGAUUUUAAAGACAAAGUUACAAAUACUACCAAUGAAGUAAUCUUAAUAAGUGAAGAAUGUAGAAAUGCUGAGUCAAUUGAUCAUUUAAGGUUCAUUCAACAGUGUUACAAUGAAGGGGUACUGCAUUACAUAAGUUUGGGAGUAAUAUCUUUCAUGUAUACAACAGAAUUAAACAAAGAAUGUGACUUGUAUAAAGCACAUUGCUCCUACUUAAAGCCUACAUAUUCAAAUAUUUUAUCAAGGAUUGUUGAUGUUGGUGUUAUGGGUAGGUGGUGGAAUCUGCACAUUAAAACAACAAAUUUUGAUGUUAAUGUUUAAUUGAAUGAGUGAAAAUAGUUUGGUCAAUAAUACACAGUAGUUAAAGAAAA